CCAAUGUCAGCCCUCCAGUCGCUGUUUAGCGUCACCAGCCCGGCAACCAAGAAGCUCCUGGGCUGGAGACAGGGCGACGAGGAGGAAAACUGGGCCGAAAAGGCCGUGGACAUCCUGGUGAAAAAACUAAAGAAAAACAAAACCGCCCUGGCCGACUUGGAAGCCGCGUUAUCCAACCCGGGGACGCCCAGCAAGUGCGUCACCAUAUCCCGCAGUCUGGACGGUCGUCUGCAGAUCUGCCACAAAAAGGCGCUGCCCCACGUGAUCUACUGCAGGGUGUGGCGGUGGCCCGACCUGCAGAACCACCACGAGCUGCGCAGCAUCGACACGUGCACCUACCCGUUCGCCGCCAAGCUUAAGGACGUGUGCAUCAACCCCUAUCACUAUGAGAGAGUGCACUCGGACGUCCUGCCGCCGGUGUUGGUGCCCAAAUUCAACGAUAUCGUGCCCGGAUAUUCCAGGCUGCCUUACCCGAAAUACUCGGAGCCUAACAUGCCCUACAACGUGUCGUACACGCAGAACGGCUUCAACAGCAGCCCCCCGCAUCCGGGGUCACCGCAGUCGACGAUCUCCAACCCUGCGAGUCCUCAGAACUACGAAACCGCCUCGUCUGCCUCGUACGCGUCUCCUGCACAUUCCAGUUCGUCUUCAGUUAGUGGGUUAAACAGUCCUGAGCACUCAGUUGCUUACGAAGUUCAGCCUAUUCCGUACCAGGAGCAGCCACGUUGGUCCACCAUUGCCUAUUACGAGUUGAACACCAGAGUCGGCGAGGUUUUCAAUUGCUACUCAUCGAGUGUAUAUGUGGAUGGAUUUACUGACCCCGUUAACAACACGGACAGGUUUUGUCUGGGACAACUCAGUAAUGUCAACAGGAACUCCACCAUCGAAAACACCAGAAAGCACAUAGGCAAAGGGCUUCACUUGUAUAGUGUUAAUGGCGAAAUCUAUCUGGAAUGCUUAUCUGAGUGCUCAAUCUUCGUCCAAUCCAGACUAUCCAACAUGACGCACGGCUUCCAUCCAACCACCGUGUGUAAAAUACCUCCCAAGUGCUCAUUGAGGAUCUUCAACAACGCCAGAUUCGCCCAAAUGCUUUCAGAAUGUGUUAACUACGGGUUUGAGGCAGUUUACGAGUUGACCAAAAUGUGCACGAUUCGAAUAAGUUUCGUCAAAGGUUGGGGUGCUGAGUACCACCGUCAAGACGUCACCAGUACUCCGUGUUGGAUUGAAAUACAUUUACACGGUCCUCUUCAGUGGUUGGACAAAGUAUUGACCCAAAUGGGUUCCCCUCAUAAUGCCAUUAGUUCAGUGUCUUAAUUAACUAAUUAGAAACUUGGAUGUUCAUUAUUUUGUACAUAAUACGAGAUUUCUUUUUUACAUGUAGAUAUAA